CAUCGAUAUAGCUAGAGCAUUUUUGUGCCGCAAUUUGUAUGUUCAGAAAUCGAUAGCACACGUGCUUGGCACGUAUCAUUUCCUUCUAAUACGUCGGAGGGAAAACAUUAGUCAUGUUAGCAAAUUUUAUGAGAGAGUACAAUAUGAAUCGAGUGCUUUUAUCAGCUACAGGUCUUUGGCCCUUUCAAAGUAAGCACGUGAGAAAUCCGUUACGAACGUUCUGCUUGCUAGUGGAAAUAAGUAGCUAUCCGUGUCAGAUAUUACUGCUGUAUGAUCAUUGGGAUGAUCCACAACUGGUUUUCGAUGGCUGCUAUCAACUCAUUUUAGUGACCGCUUUUAUUGCAAGAACAUUACACGAUAUGUGGAAUUAUGACAGAUUCCGACGGUUGUACAUAGCCAUUGAUGAACAUUGGGACAUAUUUACGAAUGAUGUGGAAGUUAGCAUUUUAAAAGAUUAUUCUUUGCUGUCGCGAAAGUUUACGAAAUAUUACUCGACAUUAAUAUAUUUGAUGUUAUCGGUAUGUAUAGUAGUGCCAUUAAUAACGCCGCUUCUAGAUAUCGUAGUACCACUUAAUGAAUCACGUUCGCGACAAUUCAUAAUCGAAGUUGAAUUUAGAGUGGACAGAAAAGAUUACUUUAUACCAAUGUUUUGUUACACUACCAUUGUAGCCACAGUAGGUAUAGCCAUCAUGGUUGGUGUUGAUGCGAUGCAUGUCAUAUGCACUGCACACGCAUGCAGUUUAUUUGCUGCUGUCGGGUAAAUACAUUCUAGUUAUAAUAAUAAUUUUAACGUGAAAAAUUAAUAUACAGCGUGUUAUG